AUGUCCACAUCCCCCAUCCCUAAGGGCACCCACUUGGCUGAUUGCGAGCUGAAAGAAGAAACCUUGCCUCCUCAGGUCAUCUCUGUGUGUCAUCAAAUGGCGCCCCAAGUCCCCGGGCAAGGGUCAGACCACACAGACUCGGGUAGUGGAGGCAGGGCAUCCCCAAUCGCCAGUCAUCCCUCUUUUCCUGGGCUGCUAAGAAAUAUCUACUGUCUUUACAAGAAUCGAUAA